UGAGCUUGGCCCGGAUCAGAUCCACCUCCACUACCCCGCGCGCGUUCCCAUUUCCCGACCACCGACAGGCCAGUCAAUCAUGGACUUCCCGCACCGCCACGGCCACGGCCACGGCCGCCGCGACGACGACGACGAAGACCGCCGCGCCCCCGCCCCCUACGGCCGCCACGAGCCUGAUGCGUACGGCGCCCCUCCCCCGUCCUACGGCCGCCGCCCCGACGACGACGCUGGCGACGCCUACGGCCGCCACCCUCCCGCCGCCUACGGCGCUCCUCCCCCGGCCUACGGUGCCCCGCCUCCCGCCUACGGGGGCGGCCGCGAGGAUGAGUACGGAGGCCGCGCCCCGGCAUACGGUGCCCCGGCCCCGGCCUACGGUGGAGGCCGCGAGGACGACUACGGGCGCCACGCGCCCGCGCCUGCGGGCUACGGCGGUGGUGACUACGGGCGCCACGCCCCUGCUCCGGCCUACGGAGGCGGCCGCGACGAAGGCUACGGCGCACCCGCCCACGGCAACGUGGUGCACGUCUCCCACGAGUCCGGCGACGAGAGGCCGCAGUACGGGGGCUACGGCCACGAGACGCGCCCGCACCACGGCGGCGGCGGGAUGGCGCCCCCGGCGACCAGGCAGCCGACGUACAGGAUCCUCUGCAAGGCCGGCGAGGACAGCUUCAGCCUCGCCGCCAGGGACGGCAAGGUCUGCCUCGUCCGCACCGACCGCGACGACGACACGCAGCACUGGAUCAAGGACAUGAAGUACAGCACGAGGGUGAAGGAUGAGGAAGGCUACCCUGCCAUGGCACUCGUCAACAAGGCCAGCGGAGAGGCGCUCAAGCACUCCCUUGGCCAAUCCCACCCUGUUCGUCUGACCAGGUACAAUCCAGACACCCUGGACGAAUCGGUCCUUUGGACCGAGAGCAGGGACGUCGGGGCAGGCUACCGCUGCAUCAGGAUGGUGAACAACAUCUACUUGAACUUUGACGCGCUCCAUGGCGACAAGGACCAUGGCGGUGUGCGUGAUGGAACCACCCUCAUUCUGUGGGAGUGGACUGAGGGCGACAACCAGCGCUGGAAGAUCGUUGCCUGGUGAACGAUGCAUAUGCUAAGCAAGUACUGAAUGUUUCUGGAAUAAAAAGGAUGGCGCCGAUGUGAGUGGUGUUUCUGUUUUGUUUGAGCAGUUAUAUAUAUUAAUGAACUUGUAAUGAUGGAUUUAUUGGCGUAGAUUAUGUGUGAUGGAUGCAUGAACAGACCAGUGCUUGUUAUUAUGCAUGCAUAUACAUGCUGUGUGACAUGUUUGUGAAAUACUGUAUAAUAGAAUUGGUUUAUCCCAUCAA